UUGUUAUACAAGAAGAGAACUCCAAAAAGGAGUAUGAAGUAGUUGGACGUUUUCCAUUAGUGGACCCUUGGUGGAGAGUUAAUGUUAAAGCUAAAAAAGUGGGGUCAAAAUACUUCAUGCAAGGAUAUCCAUCAUAUUUUCUACGGACUGAUCCAGAAGAAAACAACCGACAAGUCUUUUCACUCUUUCUUAAGGAAUGUCAUGUUCCUGAGGUUUUUAAACAAAAGUUCUUUACUUGGCUUCCUGAGAAUUCUAUGCUGAGUUUUAGAAGUCUUGAAGAAAAUCUAAAACGGUUCCAAGUUUCACACCUAAAGACAAAAGAGCAAAAAAGAGACACCAAGGAUUAUGACAUCUUCUACUAUGUUUUGAAAUCAUUUGCAGGAAGGGCGGUGUUGGUAGCUCUGACUUUUCCAAUGAUACUGGAGUUCUUGCCAAUUCUCCUGCCACGACACUUUUGCUCCCUGUUGGACACAGUGUGUUGGCAGGCAAAGACUGAAGACAACAGUGGUACAGAUGAUGAGGAAGUGCAUUUUCAAGACAACAUGCUAACAAAAUUGGAUGAGAUAUUAAAGAAUGAGCCAUGGAAACUCGGCUUCAGCAGGAUUACCUAUAAGGAACUGAACCUUUCUUACUGUGAGGCAACGUGGGCAGCCUUCUGUCAGUGUGAACAUCUCCUAUGGAAGAUUCCUGACUUGCAGAAGAAUGCAUUAAUUCUGUAUGAUCAACUCAAGAAACGGUGUAGAGAAAUGGGACAUACUUACGAAGAUCAAGAUGAAUUAGCUCAUUUUGUAUCUAAGGAUAUGUCCAUUGAGCAUGUUUGGCAAUCUCUUGAAUUUAUGAAAGAUCAGAACAUUGUGAUUAGGGAGAAAAAACUAGUGUUUCUGCCUCAUCUUUACAAAUCUGAAAAAGACAUUGCAAUGUGCAUAGGUGACCUUAUGUCAAAAUGCUCAUGGAAACUGGACGUUGAUGUGAGAAAGUUACUUAACACUUCUGAGGCAUCAAAAGAAAUGGUAGAUAAAAAAAUGGAUGUUAGCCAGGCUCAUGAAAUGGAACAUCUGAAGGAAGAUAGUCUGGACAAUCAUAAUGGUGAAAAUCACUUUCCCGAAAUGGAAGUGGGGUCUGUGUCUGGUACCCAAAGUAAAGCAGAAGUGGACUUAGAUCAGGUGACUGCUAUGGAAAAGAUUUGUUCUAAUCCUGUCACAAUCAUAAGUGGAAAAGGAGGCUGUGGGAAGAGCACAACAGUUAGCUGCCUUUUUCGUCACCUAAAGCAGGUAGAAAAAGAAGUGGAAGCUGCUUCUAAGGACUUUGAAGAAGACCUAGAGGCAUCUGAGGAAUGGAAUACUUUUGAUCAUCAUUUGGAGUCAGAGAAUAUAUACACACAAAAAAAUCUGAACGUAUUAUUUACAGCUCCUACAGGGAGGGCGGCGAGUCUUUUGCAUGAAAAAACAAAUCUGCCUGCAUAUACACUGCAUCAGAUCAUCUACAGUUUUAGGUCAUGGAGGCAGACUGAACAAGCACAGGCUUGGAAGUUUUCUAAUGUGACAGUUCUGAUUGUGGAUGAAGGAAGUUUGGUCUCUGUACAUGUUCUUAGUUUAGUUUUAAGACUCCUGUGUGAGCAUGCUCAGCUUGCUAAACUUAUUAUUUUAG